GGUUUCUGAGGGAUGAUUUCUGUAGGUUUUGCAUUUACCUAGAAUAAUUUUUAAAAAGCAAAAGGAUUUGAAUGACCAUUGAAAAGGCAAAUUUAGACCAUUAUUUUUAUUAACAUUUCAAUGCAGCUGUCUUCAGUAAGUAAUUUAUGUGACCUGUGCAACCAGGUGCUUUCCUGGAAUCAGCAGGUGGCCACCGACUCACUUAAAAUAGGCUAAAAUAAUUCAAACCAUGUCAUUUAUGGUCAAACAAUAAAAAGCAAUCAGCUACUUUUCAGGUGGUGGAGGAUAAAUUUGCAGAGAAUGUGAUUUUUCUUUCGAAGUUUUUACUGGGAAGGAAGUUAACAAAAGCAGCAAAUUAACAGCUACAUUAAAGCCAUAGAAAGUUUAAAGAGAAACCACUAAUUUCAGAACUUCUACAGGCUUGUGGUGAGAUUCAUCUCCCCUAAAUAGACAGACAUUCAAAGCGUAAAUGUGUACAUCUAAACUAGUCAUCUUGGCUCUUUUAUCGUUAGCAAGAGACAAAAGCACAUCUAGGGUGCAAUUCACCAACUUCUAGAUGUCUGCUUUCGGAUGAGGAGGGCCAUUCUCGAGACAUGCCUACGUCCCUCCACGGCUGUCAGGGGAGUCUAACAGCCUCAGUCAGAUACGAAUGUCUGCACUGCAGACAUCUGAAGUUAGAUCAAAUCCCACCCCAACAACCUCCUACCCAAGUUAUGCCAGACAUUUUGUAAGCUCCAUUUGCAUUAAUAGAGCUGUCUAAAUGCGCUCAGCCACGCACAGCCUCUGCAUUUCUCCCCAGGGCGUGGAAAUCACCAGAUAAAAAUAAAUUGGCGUGACCAGAGGUAAUGCCGUGGUGCUGCAUCUCACCCAGACAGCACCUCAAACCCUCACCUUCCAAUGGUGCACCUCUGUGGGACCCCUUUUAUUGCUAUAUACGUUUAGCAGUGUUUCCCUCGGGUCUAAAUGCAAUUUUCACCUGUAACACUGCCCUCAGGGGCCUCAGUGGCUAGGGAAAUUCUGCCUGAUGCCUGUACAGAGACUGGGGAUCAGGAGGGAAAUGAAGAAAGCGCCUUUCUCUUGGCAAAAGGCAGCGGGGCCGGCGGCGUGCAGGGAAGCAGGAAGACCCACGGGCUGCAGCGGCCUUCCCCCUACAAAGGCGAAGGGAGGAAAGAGACGAGGAGACCAGCGCGGAGGGAGCCGAGCUGCAGCCCCUCAGCGGGCCUUGGGGUCACCUCAGGGAGCGGCCCCGGGGCCGGGAGCUCCGCCGGGCCGAGCUCAGCCCAGGCUCCGCCUCGGGGCGCUGCCCGUAGCCGGGGCGGCGCUGCUCGCCCUUGCGGGCCUCCGGGCGCCAUGGGGGCCGGCGGGGUGGGAGUGAGGGCGGCACACACGGCCCUGAGCGGGGGCUUGGCGCUGGGGCUCCUCCUGCACCCCACAGAUCUACGAGAGCAAGUGGAGCGUGGAGAGCUGCUGCUGCCAGUGAUCUUCAUCGUCCUGGUUUUGUGCUCUGUCCUGCUGUACUUUAAGGUGUCUCUCAUGGAUCCGGGCUUUGUUAAGUCUGAAGAGGAAGUGAAGGCAGACAAGAAUGAAGAACAAAGCAUAGUGAUACCCCAAGUUUCAAGCAGUAUUAAGAUGAGGCGUUGUGGCUACUGCAUGGUGAAGCAACCAAUGCGAGCCAAGCACUGCCAGGUGUGCCAACACUGUGUACGGCGUUAUGACCAUCACUGCCCCUGGAUUGAGAACUGUGUAGGAGAGAAGAAUCACCCCCUCUUCAUAGUUUACUUGAGCGUACAGCUUGUAGUUCUGCUGUGGGGAGGUCACACUGCUUGGUCAGGCCUCUACUUUAAGCAGUCCUGGGACUGGCUGAAGCACAACAUUUUCCUCCUCAUGUCCUUCAUCCUGAUAGUCAUAUUCACCAUAAUUGUCCUGCUGCUGCUUAUUUCACACCUCUACCUGAUCUCAUGCAACACCACCACCUGGGAAUUCAUGUCAUACCAUCGUAUCUCCUACCUGCGACACUCUGAGUUGGAGAAUCCAUUUGACCAAGGGGUAGUCCUCAAUCUCUGGAGAUUCUUCUGUUCAUGCCAUCUCACUGCAUGGGAGAAAAUCUAUUUUCACAGGAACUAUGAGCCCGUCUAGUCACAGUAGUACCUUUUUAGUAGAAUGCCAAGACAGCUGCAGGUUGCUGGAUAAAACUUUGCUAAUGCAAUCUCUCCUGUUUCCUUGCAUGGACCUUUAGUACGUCAUCAGCUAUGCAACCUGUUCCACAACCUGUUCAUCCAUAGACACAAGUUACAUUUCAAGAGGGAUGGUCAGGGUUAUUUUUUAUAUACAAUUAACACCCUUAUAGGAGAGAGACUGGUUCUGGGAAGGCCAGAACCUUUCUAUUCCGGGGGUGAAUACUGGGCUGAGCAAUAAUAUCUCUCCAAAUUUACUUCCUUUUGUUAACUGCACCCGCAUCUCCCUAGAAAAGAUGCAAGAGGAGUGUGAGCAGCCAUGUACCUUCCAUUAACUUUCCUCUCCAUUUGCUGCUAAGGAACAACAGCCGUUACAAACAGACCAGCCAGAAUCAAUAUCAUUCCUGUGGCCUUUCUUCAGCAUAGUUUUCACUGUGAGAACUGCAGUGCCUUUUGUCAAUAGCGUUGGGCACAUAAUAGAAAUAUUUGAGUAAAUAUUUGGACAGUCAAAAGCAAAUUUCAUUUUGACUACAUGCCUAAACUUCAUGCUCUUUCACAAAGAUUGGAGGUUUCAUAGUAUUCAUGUGCACAAGAAACAGCUGUAAGAUACCAAAUUCAGCUUAUGAAGUAAUUAGUCUAUCCUUUGCAAUGCCCUGACCAGCAUCCUAAGAGUUUUUCUCUCUCUCUAUGUUGAUAUUGACAUUUCACAGGGUAUUUUGAAUGAAUUCAUCAAAGAAUGAUGUGUCUUUUGACAGAAAAGCAAUACUUGCCUACUGAAUUAUUUCUGCAGAUAACCUCAUGCUCUAGGCCAUCACUGUAGCUAAUGGGGAAAGAGCCAGUAACAGAGGGCUAUAAUACUUGCCUAGCUCAAAUUGGUAAUGCUACUACCUCGCCAUACUAUUUAAAUAUUAAUGAAAUACAAAGUUUCAGGGGAAAGGAACAUUCAAAUAAAAGGUUCUAGGUCCUAUUUGUUUCUAUGGGAUUAGUGGGUGCUGAUAGCAUCUCAGGACAGCAGCAAGCUUACUUGGUUUCCAUUGUAAUGGUUCCUACUUCAAGUUGCUGUGAAGGACUAAAGGGAAAAUUAGGAUGUGCAAUUUUAGUCUUAAAAGCAGAAACGUCUGUGGUGUGAGUUUUAGUCCUGGCUCUUUUCUGUUUUAAGAACAACAACA